AUGGCGAGGGUAACUUUGACCAAUCUCAGACCUCAACAGUUGCAAAGUAAGUUAUUGUUGUAGUUAAUUGUACGUUUAGGGAUGGCACUUCGUCAAAGUCACGCUGAUUUGUUCAGAAGGAGAGCUGGCCAGAUGUUAAUAAACAGGUUCAAAGACAUCGCUCACUUUUAUCUGGUUGGUGUAGGAAUUUUACCUUGUGCUAUAAUCGUUUUGGUGUCUCAUCUUAUCUUUGGUAUGUUAAUAAUAUUUGGAUGUUGCUCUAUGUUUAAAGAUUUUUUUUCGAUUUUUUAUUCUCUUUAUUACGUUAUAUUACCUUGAAAACCUGUAAAAGUAGAUAACUUGAAUUGCAGGCCCAAGAUGCGAGUUGAAAGACUAUCCAGAAGACCACCAUCCCCACUUCUGGCAGUUUGAAAGAACCCCCCUUCGCCAAUUUUAUGCCAAAUACUUCGGCCACAGCGAUGUCGAACAGUACGAACGUAACAUGGCCUAUGUUGAGCGACAGAAUAUUAUAUCUCGUUGGAGACGUUACGAGGAACGGGUGAAGCAUCUGGAAGGCGAGCGUUGGGAUUACAAGGGAUUCUACUACGAACCCGUCUCUGCCCACUGGAUCGACUACACCAGACAUCAGGCCGAGCAGUUCCGCAACUCGUACGAGAAGCACGGCCAUUACUCUUUCUAG